AUGUCUACCUAUCGCAACAGCAGGCUGGUGUCGAAGGAGUUCCUGCAUGGCCCUGUGAUGCGAUUUCGUGCGCUUGGUGAGUACUACUUUCAACGUGCGUGGAACGGCACGCUGAACUGGGCCCUUCCUGGAGAGUACCGCCUGUAUGCCGUGAUGAUCCCCUUCAUCUACUUCUACCACCGCUGGCACCAGGAGCACAAGCUGGACGUGGACCACGUGGAGAAGGCAAUGAUCAUGCGGUGGGGAGGCACACUGGAGGACGUGCGUAAGUUGUCCGCAGAGGACCAGCUGCGGGUGCGCUGCUUCACGGACAUAGAAAAGCUUUACUCCGCCUACGGCCCGAAGGACAUCAAUGUGCAGCCGGCGGGCGACACGCUUCCUGGAAAGGACUUUUACAAGAAGGACGGUGAGGGGCAUAGCCACUGA